AUGGGAUCACUAAAGAGGAAAUCAUCAUGGAGCUCGAAAACCCUAGCUAAGUCAAAGAAGAGGAAAGGUCCUCACUUGCCCAACUCAAUACUCAAGAUGAUCGCGACUCAUAAACGUCCCUUGAACUCCGAUGACAAUGAGAUCUAUUCCGACCUCGAAUUGUACGAGUACGAAGAAGGCAUCCCUGAAGAGGAAUCCAGAAAAAACAACCGCUACGGCCGUCUCGAUAGCUACGAAUUCAAACUUCCUGAUGAUUUUGAGGAUGAAGACGUGGAGUCAGAAGAUGAUGAAGAUUGUGUGAACAGUGAGUAUGAUGAUGAGGAGGAUAGACACACCCGGAUGUUGCAAGCACUCACUGGGAUGCCUAGUGCAGCUUUUAAUAGUGAGAGUAAGAGCAAACCUCUGCUCUUCACUGAACCUUAUCCAGAAGGUGAAUUCAAUCCCACACGUGACGUUCUCUCGGGUAAAAACAUCCUCACGGAGGAAGACUUCUUGGCCCCUCUUGAAGGGCAUCACAAGACAAGCAAACAAAUCUCCAGGAUGAGGAAAGAUACUUACAAGUCCGUUGUUCACCCCCCUCUGCCAAAGCCAGAACGUGAAAGACUGGAACGUAAAGCAGCGAGAGGACUAGUUGAUGAGGAGUUUAGCAAGUGGGUGCAUCUGGUGAAAAGGAACAGGGAGGCGCCAACUGUUUACUUUAGCCAAGAAGUCGUCAAUCUUGGAAAGUCUACGGUCGGUGCAAUAGCAUCGGAGUUUCAACCGAGGACUGAGUUUGAGAUGAGAAUGGCUUCUGUGCUUAAUGAUAAUGAGGUCUCAGAGGCUCAUAGAGAAGAUGGAGCUCGGCUUCUUGAAUUGAACCAGGUUUCUAUGGAAGACCACAUAAAGGACCAUAGCCACAUUGCCAAGUGGGAGAACUCUGGUGGAGCAGUAAAGCCUAAAAAAACAAUUAGUGUUAGUGGUGGAAGAGUGUUUGGUGCAACCGAAGCUCCAAAAGAGUCUAAAAAGGAUUCAGAUAACUUCUAUGACAACAAUAGUGAUAGUGACAUAGACGAUAAUGACUUAGAGGAUGUAAGAGAUGUUGCCUCACCUGCUAGAAGAAACAAUGGAACCAUUCUCAUUUCAGGAUAUGAAGAAAGUGAAAAUUCAGAGAGUGAAGCAGAGCAAAUGGUGGACGGGCUCUUUGAAGUUCCUAGUCAAGCAGAGCUUAUAAACCGUGCUUUUGCUGGUGAUGAUGUGGUAGGUGAGUUUGAGAAGGAGAAGCAAGAGGUUCUAAAUCAGGAAGUUCCUGAACCGGAAAAGCCGGUUCUGCUUCCUGGUUGGGGACAACCAUGGCCUACCAAUAAGAGAGGUUAUCAUCAGAUCAAAACAACAAGGAAAGAAGAAGAUGCUCAGAGAAAGAGAGAGGAAGCUCUCAAAACAAGGAAAGACUUUCGUCUUAAACAUGUUAUCAUAUCAGAGAAGGUUGAUAAAAAGGCUGAGAAACUUCAUACAGUGACUCCACCUUUCCCUUUUACAUCAAAGGAAGUUUUCGAACAUAGUAUGCGUAUGCCUAUAGGACCCGAGUUUAAUCCCUCUACUGUUGUUGGAGAUCUAAACCGUCCAGAGAUUGUGAAGAAGACUGGAGUCAUAAUCAAACCGGUGAAGUUUGAAGAAGUAAAUCCAAAUGAGGAAGUAUAUGAUGAACACCCUCGAAACCAUCAGAAACCAAGACUCAAUAAGAAAACUAGUAGACGCUAAAGCAAAGUCAAGUAAAAGAUAAAAGCUCCAAAGAUUGUUCCAUUUCUUAUACUUUAUUUAGAAACAUUUGUUGAUCCCAUGGGAUGAGUUUUGCCUUUGUACCUUGUCUUAUUUUAUAAAAUAUUGACAUUUUGCUGUUUAUUUCAAAUCCUUGGUCAUCUCCAUCUUCUUCCACCCUCUCAAACUCUUGUCUCCAUUUCUCCAUCUGUAAGGUUUUAAUUAGUUCAGAGAAAAGGUUGUCUCCACCCUCUCAAACUCUUGUCUCCAUGUCCUAGAUCCCAAGAUUAAUUAAUUACCUUAAUUAAUUACCUCGUGCUCCUCUUCCUCCAUCGCCUCUCUC